AUGCCGGUCGAAGAUUUGGAAGAAGAGGGUCUGCCCAAAAACCCUAAUUUUGAGCAUGCCCAGUGGAAAUAUCUUCUUGGAACAAGCAAAUACAAAAAUGAUAAAGACCUACGGACAAGACUGUUAGAGGCUAUUGAAUCAAACAGUAUGGCACCAUUCUAUGAGGAAGUGUGUAAAGAUCUACAGUGGAAAUGUGAUGAGACUUUGUUAAAAAAAAUGCAAAAGAUUAAUGAAACAGAAUUGAAAGCGCUAGAUGCAUCUAUAGAAGAUGCAGAGACAAACUUAGGGGAAUCUGAAGUCCGAGAAUUCAUGCUGAAGAAAGCGGAGUAUUUAUGUAAAAUUGGAGAUAAGGAAGGGUCAUUAGCACAGUUUCGUAAGACCCAGGAGAAGACUGUCACCCUUGGAUAUAGACUUGACCUUGUGUUUCACCUCAUCAGGAUGGGGCUGUUUUACAUGGACCACGACCUCAUUACGAGAAAUCUAGAAAAGGCUCAGACGUUGAUUGAUGAAGGGGGUGACUGGGAUCGACGUAAUAGGCUUAAGGUAUACCGUGGUGUGUACUGCAUGUCUAUCCGAGACUUUAAAAAAGCAGCUAGCCUUUUUCUGGACACAGUCGCCACCUUCACUUCAUAUGAGGUGAUGGACUACCAGACUUUUGUAACAUACACAGUCUUCUGUGGAAUGAUUGCAUUGGAGCGACCUCAGCUUAGAGAAAAGGUUGUCAAAGGAUCUGAAAUACUGGAAGUGUUACAUAGUUUACCCAAAGUUCGUACCUACCUGUUCUCAUUGUACGAUUGUCAAUAUGCAGAAUUCUUCAGAUCUUUAGCCCAAAUGGAGGACACCAUGAAGUAUGAUCGGUUCCUGUCUCCCCAUUAUCGAUACUAUACAAGGGAGAUGAGGAUCAUUGCUUACACACAGCUUCUGGAAUCCUAUAGAAGUCUGGCUCUCGAGUAUAUGGCAGAUGCCUUUGGAGUAUCAGUGGAAUUUAUCGACCAAGAGUUGGCGCGCUUCAUCGCUGCUGGCCGCCUACACUGUAAAAUUGACAAGGUGAAUGGCAUUGUGGUGACAAACAGACCAGACAACAAGAACUGGCAGUAUCAGGCUACUAUAAAACAAGGAGAUAUCUUAUUGAAUCGUGUACAGAAACUGAGUCGUAUCAUCAACAUCUAAUAUCUGGAUGUAUCCUCCCAGAAAGUGCUUAAAAUCAUCACGUAGGACCAUGGUUCUGAUGUACAUUGACAUUAUACUUCUAUCAUCAACAAUCUCUGUAUAGGACACAGAGGUUCAGCAAAGUUUGCCAUUCAUUCAUUGUUUGUAGAAGAGUACAAAUAAAACUGUUUUCCACUAA